AUGAAAACCGAGCACGAGUGUCCCGAGACAUUCUUCGAGGCUUGGCUUUCUGAACAAAACCAAGACCUCCACCACCUCACCAAUGUUGCCGCCGACCACAAUCACGGCAAUUCGGACGAUUCGAAAUUAUUAGGCGCGCUCGUGGACCAAGUGGUGAAGCAUUAUGAGAGUUACUACGAGGCAAAGUCGAGAUGGGCUGAGCAUAACGUGCUGACCAUGUUGUCUCCGCCGUGGACAAGCACACUCGAAAAUGCCUUCUUUUGGAUAGGCGGGUGGCGACCAAGCAUGUCAUUUCAUUUGCUCUACUCAAAGUCUGGUUUGCAGCUGGAGGCUCAACUCGCCGAGAUGAUGCGAGGAUUCAGCACUACUGACCUGAGUGAUUUAUCGCACAGCCAGCUCGCCGGGAUAAACAAUUUGCAAGGCGGGGUUAUCAAGCAGGAGAAGCACAUAAAUCACAAGAUGGCGAAACUACAGGACACUAUCGCAGACACAACAAUGGUCGAGUUGUCGCACUUGCAUGUGGCCGCCGAGAUGGUGAGGAAGAAUGGUCAUAAAGGAAGAGAUGAUGUUGAUGAUCAUGGAGACCUAGUUGAGUCUACUCUAUCACAGAAGCAGAAAGGAUUGGAGGAGAUUUUGCAUAGGGCUGAUGAGUUACGGCUCAGAACACUCAAGAACAUCACGUGUAUUCUUACACCAAUCCAGGCCGUCCAUUUUCUAAUUGCUGCUGCUGAGUUACACCUGAAGCUUCACGACUGGGGAAAAAAGAUGGAUGCCUCCGGCCAAGUAGUCGGCGCCUGA